CCUCCACCACCCACCAGCUCCAGCUCCAGCUCCGGCUCCAGCAGCAGCGCCGCCGCCACCGCCCACCUUCUGCCGCCGCCGCCGCCGCCGCCGCCGCCGUCACAGCCACCUUCUCUUCUGCUGUCCUCUUCUGUCCUCGCCUUCUGUCGAUCAUCAGGCUUUGAACCAGUAUGACUGAACCCCGCCAGGAGUUUGAUACAAUGGAAGAUCAUGCUGAGGGCUAUACUAUGCUCCAAGACCAAGAAGGAGACAUGGGCCAUGGCUUAAAAGAGUCUCCCCCACAGCGCCCUGCCGAUGAUGGAUCGGAGGAACCAGGGUCGGAGACCUCUGAUGCUAAGAGCACUCCAACUGCUGAAGCUGAAGAAGCAGGCAUUGGAGAUACCCCCAACCUGGAGGACCAAGCUGCUGGGCACGUGACUCAAGAGCCACAGAAGGUCGAAAUUUUCCCAGAAAGUUUGCUUGGAGAGCCAGGGCGCCAUGAAAGCCAGGCUCCAGACUCAGGGAUCUCAGAUUGGAUCUGCCAGCCGGUGCCUGACGUGUCUGGGGCUCCCUUCCUCCUGCCACAAGGCCUCAGAGAGGCUACGUGCCAACCUUCAGGGACAAGACCUGAGGAUGUGGAGAGAAGCCACCCAGCCUCUGGGCUGCUGCAGCAAGAGUCACCUCAGAAGGAGGGAUGGGGCAAAGGCAGGCUGGGGAGUGAGGAGGAAGAGGAAGAAGGCCUUGACAUGGAUGAGUCAUCCCAGGACUCCCCUCCUUCCCAGGCACCCCUGGCCCCUGGUAGCGCUGCCCCUCAGGCUGUCUCCAGGGAAACCAUUGGCAUGCCUGGGUUCCCAGGUGAGGGUGCCACCCCACUUCCUGUUGACUUCUCCAAAGUCUCCACAGAGACCCAGGCCUUGCAGCCCGAAGGGCCUGGCACAGGGCACCUGGAGGAAGGGCAUGAGGCUGCCCCCGAGUUCACAUUCCACGUGGAAAUCAAAGCCAGUAUGCCGAAGGAGCGGGAUUUGGAAGGGGCUACAUUGGUGGGGGCCCCUGGAGAGGAGCAACAGGCCCAGGGCCCCUCUGUGGGAAAGGGCGCCAAAGAGGCUAGCCUUCUGGAACCAUCUGAGAAGCAACCCACAGCUGGCCUGCCAGGAAGGCCAGUCAGUCGGGUCCCUCAACUUAAAGCCCGAGUGGCCGGUGUAAGCAAAGACAGGACUGGAAACGAUGAGAAGAAAGCCAAGACAUCCACACCUUCCUGUGCUAAAACCCUGAGCAAUAGGCCCUGCCUAAGCCCCACACACCCCAGUCCUGGUAGCUCAGACCCUUUGAUCAAACCCUCCAGCCCUGCCGAGUGCCCUGAGCAAGCCACCUCUCCUAAACACGUCUCUUCUGUCACACCCCGAAAUGGCAGUCUUGGAACAAAGCAGAUGAAACUCAAGGGGACGGAUGGUAAAACUGGAACAAAGAUCGCUACACCUCGGGGAGCAGCCUCUCCAGGCCAGAAAGGCACAUCCAACGCCACCAGGAUCCCAGCCAAGACCACGCCCAGCCCAAAGACCCCUCCCGGCUCAGCUUCCAAGCAAGUGCAGAGAAAACUACCCCCCGCAGGGGCAAAAUCCGAGAGAGGAGAAACACCAAAAUCCGGAGAACGCAGCGGCUACAGCAGCCCUGGCUCCCCUGGGACCCCUGGCAGUCGCUCCCGCACCCCAUCCCUACCAACGCCGCCCACCCGGGAGCCCAAGAAGGUGGCAGUGGUCCGCACUCCCCCCAAGUCGCCAUCUGCCAGUAAGAGCCGCCUGCAGACUGCCCCUGUACCCAUGCCAGACCUGAAGAAUGUCAGGUCCAAGAUUGGCUCCACCGAGAAUCUGAAGCACCAGCCAGGAGGUGGGAAGGUGCAGAUAAUUAAUAAGAAGCUGGAUCUUAGCAACGUCCAGUCCAAGUGUGGCUCAAAGGACAAUAUCAAACACGUCCCGGGCGGCGGCAGUGUGCAAAUAGUCUACAAACCAGUGGACCUGAGCAAGGUGACCUCCAAGUGUGGCUCCUUAGGCAACAUCCAUCACAAACCAGGAGGUGGCCAGGUGGAAGUAAAGUCUGAGAAGCUGGACUUCAAGGACAGAGUCCAGUCGAAGAUUGGUUCCUUGGAUAAUAUCACCCAUGUCCCUGGAGGAGGGAAUAAGAAGAUUGAAACCCACAAGCUGACCUUCCGAGAGAAUGCCAAAGCCAAGACAGACCACGGAGCAGAAAUUGUGUACAAGUCACCUGUGGUGUCUGGGGACACAUCUCCUCGCCACCUCAGCAAUGUGUCCUCCACAGGCAGCAUCGACAUGGCGGACUCAACACAGCUUGCCACACUAGCCGAUGAAGUGUCCGCUUCCUUGGCCAAGCAGGGUUUGUGAUCAAGCCCCCGGGGUGGUCAGUAAUCGUGAAGAGAAGAGAGAGUGAGUGUGGGAAAAAAAUGAAUGAUCUGGCCCCUCGCCCUCUGCCCUCCCCGCUGCUCCUCACAGACCGGCUGACCAGCUUUGUCACCUAACAUGCUUUUGUGGCUCGGCUUUGGCUCGGGACUUCAAAAUCAGCGAUCGGAAUGAGUAAAUUUCAUCGUUCCAAAUUGA